AAAACGAUUCUUCACGCAUCGUUAUUUUAAACUAUAGAAACAGUUAAGUGAUCGAAGAAAUAGAGGUUUUGUUUUGAUUCAGCAUUUAUUCGAAUUCGGUGUAUUUUAUCGUGAACAUUCAGUGUUAAAAAUUUGCUAAAGAAAAAAAACGUCAUAGAAUUUAAUUGGAAUUUUCAAAAUUUACGGUGUGUGUGAGACAAAAAAAGAAAGAAAUAAGCAACAAAUCUGUAAUCAACGCAAUAGAAAUAAAAUCAUUGGCAGCCAAAAUACGAAGAAAAUUAAUUCGAAAAAAGUGUGAUCUAUUAUAGUGUGUUUUCACAGCAACAACAUCCAUUUCUUUGGUGAUUUUGUGGAAUAUUUUCAAAAGACUGUUGACACAAACGCACAUUGGCACGGCCGCUAUAACAAUAACAACAGAAACAACAUAUCGAAGAGAUUGACGCCAAAUAACAACAGCGGGGAAAAAUACACGCAUACACACACCAUAAAUAAGCGAACACCCAACAUUCGAAAGAUCGAAUCAAAGCCAUACGUGUGUGUAUAUCGACACAUAAAUUCACCGCGAGGGUUUUCAUUUCAACAGCAUAUAGAUUUCUUUUUGAAUUCACGUCACUCCUGCUGGAUCGUGUUGAGAGAAAAAAACACGCGCAUAAUUUUCGCAAGCAAGAGUAUCGUUUGACCUUCGCAGUGUGAAAAAAAAGAACUCCAGUUUAUAUAAACGUUUGAAACAAAAAAAAACCAGCACAUACUUUUAUAUAUAAGAAUCCGUUUCAUUUCCAUUGUAUGGACAAUUUGUUAACGAAUUCACCGAAGAAAUAAAUUAACACACACGGUGAACAAAAAAGAAAAAAAAAGUACGAGAGAAUCAUUCUUAUCGCAUUGGUUCGUUAAAAAAAAAUUCUGUGUUUUGAUUCAACGACAAGCGCCGACAAAGUUACUUCGAUGGUACCAAAUCCCGUGAAAUUCAAGACGAGCCUCGUUUGAAAUAAUAUAUAUCUGCAGAUCUCGUUUAGUUUGGCGAAAUUGGGAACGGAAAAUGCAGCGUUGAUGGUGUCAGCGUGAUAAAAUCUAUCCACACACACACAAAAAAAUCCUUUGCUCAGCAUUCGAAAUUUAAGCAAUUAUACGCACACAAAUUCACUGCUGUCACAUACAUACACAAAUUUGUGGUCGCAAUGUGAAGCGAUCCCAGUGAAUUGCUCUAAAUCAAGUCCUUGUUUUUUUUUUCUCUGGAGUCACGGCCACAAUACGGCGUCCAAUAACUGAUAUCAAGUAUAAAGGAGAUUUUAGUGAAAGAGACGCGAAAAAGGUACGGCUACGUGUAGAAGAAGCCAAAGAAAAUCAGCUUCAAUGUGUGAUCAAAUAAAUAACACCGCCACAGAAACGAUUUAGCGCCACAUUUAUCGUCGUUGAUACCAAACUAAAUCACGGUUCAGUGGCAUUUUCUUUGCUAUUCUGAUUUCAUCCUGAUCCGUUCUUUCCUUAAUUUCGUAUUCAUCACGCACCGAAGCAUUCGAUAUCGCACUUCAGGUGGUUUUUGGUUCGCACUCGACGGUAUCCUAACCAUUCUAUUUUGCAUUUGGUUUUUUCAACAUCGCAUACUCUCGUCAAUGGUAACCAUCGUCAGACAAAAAAAAGAGAGUGAGAUAGUGCCAAGAGGACGAUAGAAAAAGCAACAUCAACUUCAAAAAGUGUAUGAACAACGGUGCAAAGAAAAAAUUCAACUGAAUCGACACACUUCAACCCGACAAGUUUAUUUAUAAUUGCGAAAAAGAAAAAAUCAUAAAUUAAGAGUGGAACAAACAUUGAAACAGAAACGAAACUAAAAAAAGAAUUGUGCACGAAACGUUAAAAUAUUCUCUGAAAUGAAUUCUCAAAUUGUUUUCAAGCAAAAUGGGUGUCAAGUGCGAUGUGUGUAUUGCAUAAGAAUUGUUAGUUGCAUGCAAAAUAUCGAAAUAAAAUUUUAAUUGCACUGACUUGAAAAUUGUUUUCACUUUUGCAAAACAAAAAAGAAACAUAUGUACACAAAUAUAAAUCGAAAUACAUAAAAUUAUCGACGAACGAGUGAUCGAUUUAAAAGAAGACGAAAGGAAAAAAAAAACAGAAAACGAACACAAUAAAUUGGCAUUAAGCAUCCAUCAAAUUAAAAUCCAACCGUCGAUUUAUUAGGUUGUGAAAACUUAAAGAACUCAGAAAAAGAACAGAAACGAAGAAAAAAAUCUAAAAUUUCGAAAAGAAACAUGAAAAUUAUGUCUUUUCACGUCGAUAACGAGAUUAAUGUUAAGCAUAAAACUUAAGACAUUUACGUUAAAAUAAUAAAAUUAAAAUAAAAAAAACAAGAACAAUUGCAGUACGACGAAUACGAAUAAGCAGACGAAUACAGACUUGUGUGAAUAGAAGGCAAACAUUGAGACACGUCGAAAGGAAGUGUAUGCGAAAUAUAAAUGCAAUAAUGAUGGAUUGCACAUCGAUAUUCAGAAUGUUACAGCCUUCGACAGUCAUCGACAGCGGUGGCGGCGGCAACGGCAGCGGCACCAACAUCGAUGGCGUUGUUAGUGUACAAUUGCACAAACGUGUUAAGAAUAUCCGUUUGACACAUGGCCAAUUGAAGCGGCAGUCACACUGUAAAACGAGAUUAGUUUUACUAUUAUUGGGAUUAUGGAUGAAUUUAAUUGCUGUUACAAAUGCACAAUAUCGUACGCCUCGUAUAACGGAACAUCCAAGCGACAUAGUUGUACCGAAAAAUGAACCGGUCACAUUAAACUGCAAAGCCGAAGGAAAACCAGACCCGGUUAUUGAGUGGUAUAAAGACGGUGAACCGGUCAAAACUAGUGACAAUGACAAUAAAUCACAUCGAGUUCUCUUGCCAUCCGGAUCGUUAUUCUUUUUACGCACGGUGCACGGGAAAAAGGAACAAGACGGUGGUGUCUAUUGGUGUGUUGCCAAGAAUUUGGCUGGAAAAGUAUUCAGCCGGAAUGCAACACUUCAAAUAGCUGUUUUACGAGAUGAUUUCCGAAUUGAGCCAAAAGAUACGCGAGUUGCGGCUGGAGAAACGGCAUUGCUCGAGUGUUCGCCUCCAAAAGCGAUACCAGAAAUUACAUUGCAAUGGAAAAAGGAUGGAAUUGUAUUGGAUUUUGAUGAGAGCCGCAGUGGAAAUGCCAUUCAUCACAUGAGCAACAAUCCCGUUGCACGUAUGCGAAUUGUCGACGGUGGAAAUUUACUCAUCAACGAUGUACGACCACUCGAUGAAGGACGAUAUCAAUGCAUCGCCCAAAACAUGGUCGGCACACGUGAAAGUACAUCGGCUAAAUUAACCGUUCAAGUUAAACCAUUUUUCAAUAAAGAACCAUCCGACCUAACGGUAUUGGCUGGACAAACGGUACAAUUUUAUUGUUCGGUUGGUGGUGAUCCACAGCCGCAAAUAUUAUGGCGAAAAGAUGACGGAAGCAUGCCGGUUGGAAGAGCCGUUAUUAAAGACGAUGACAAAAGUUUGGUAAUCAAAAAUGUGAUUCCGGCCGAUGAGGGAAUUUAUAUUUGCGAUGCACACAAUGGAGUUGGACAAAUCAGUGCAAAAGCACAACUUGUAGUUAACUCGCAACCAAGUUUUAGUGUAAAACCACAGGAUCAAAAGAUUGGAUUAAAUGGCAUCGCAUCGAUGGACUGUAGAGCAGUCGGAAAUCCACCGCCGAGUGUAUUUUGGGCACGUGAAGGAUCACAAAUGUUAAUGUUCCCGGACAAUGCGUACGGUCAUAUGAGCGUUAAUAGUCAAGGCACAUUACACAUACGUGGCGUACAAAAAGAGGAUGCUGGAUAUUUUGUGUGUUCGGCACUGAGUGUUGCUGGUUCGGCAACGAUUCGAGCAUUUUUACAAGUGACAUCAGUCGACGAUAUUCCACCGCCAAUCAUUCAAAUUGGACCAGCAAAUCAAACAUUGCCAGCGUCAAGUGUUGCAAUGCUACCUUGUCGAGCUAUUGGUAAUCCAAUACCGCGCAUCCGAUGGUACAAAGAUGGCAUUCCAUUGCAAACGAAUCAACGUCAGAUCAUUGUGCAGAGUGGAUCGCUAAAAAUCGACAAUUUACAAACAUCUGACACUGGCCAUUAUACCUGCACAGCGUCUUCCGAAAGUGGUGAAACGUCUUGGUCAGCUUCACUAACGGUGGAAAAAAGUGGUAGUGUGAACCUACAUCGUACACCAGAUCCGAGUACGUUUCCGUCGAUCCCGGGAACUCCACGCGUUGUGAAUGUUACAGAGAACAGUGUUACUCUCACCUGGUCGAAGAGUCAAGAUCGUGCCGGCGCUAGUCCACUCAUUGGAUACACGGUCGAGUACUUUAGUUCGGAUUUACAGACUGGUUGGGUGGUUGCUGCUCAUCGUUUUCCCGGUCAUACAAUUACCAUUGGUGAACUCAAGCCAGCCACAUCGUACAUAUUUUUGGUUCGAGCGGAAAAUUCGCAUGGAUUAUCGAUUCCGUCAACCGUAUCGUCUGUGGUAAAAACUUUGGGAGCAGAAAACGGCGUCAUACCACAAUCAGAACUAUCAGCUGCCCGUAACGUCCUCAGUGGCAAGGUUGUUGAACUAAAUGAUGCAUUGGCAAUUAAUUCAACAUCGGUACGACUCGAUUGGCAUUUGCAUAUCAACGGAAAUGAAGAAUACAUUGAGGGUUUGUAUAUUCGAUUCCGUGACUUAAGUGGUGGCUCUCAAAAAUACAAUAUAAUGACGGUAAUGAGUCCAACGACUCAAAACUAUAUUGUUGGCAAUUUGAAAAAGUUCACCAAAUACGAAUUCUUCGUGGCACCAUUUUACCGAACGGUUGAAGGUCAACCUAGCAAUUCAAAGAUUGUACAAACAUUUGAAGAUGUACCAUCGGCUCCACCAGAUAAUGUUCAAACCGGAAUGCUUAAUUUAACUGCUGGAUGGGUACGAUGGUCACCGCCUCCACCGCAGCAUCACAAUGGGCAUCUUCUUGGAUACAAGAUUCAGGUGAAAGCUGGCAAUUCGAGUAAAGUUCUUGCACAAAUGACACUAAAUGCAACCACAAUGUCGGUUAUGUUAAAUAAUUUAACCACCGGAGCUACAUAUAAUGUACGUGUUGUGGCUUAUACACGUAUUGGAGCUGGACCAUAUUCACAACCGGUUUCAUUGACUAUGGACCCAAGUCAUUUGGUAACACCACCACGAGCACAUCCAAGCGGUUCAGCCAACAGUCUCGAUGACCACCACCAACAACGAAAACAACCACCGAGCCUAAUUCAUGAACCAUGGUUUAUCGUAUUGAUUUCAAUAGUUGUAUUGCUAUUUUCAUUCAUUGCGACCGUUGCAAUGAUAUUCUUCAGGCGUCGUCAUCAAAUUACAAAAGAAAUCGGACACAUGAAUGUUCCCGUUGUAAAUGCAAACGAUAUAACUGCAUUGAAUAUAAAUGGAAAGGAAAGUUUAUGGAUCGAUCGUGGUUGGCGUGCCGGCGAUACAGAUAAAGAUUCUGGUUUAAGUGAAGCCAAAUUAUUGGGUAACUCAAGUACAUUGUCGCAAGGAAACUAUACGGAUGGCGGAACUGAUUAUGCCGAAGUUGAUACACGAAAUCUAAGCACGUUUUAUAAUUGUCGCAAGUCUCCUGAUAAUCCGACACCGUAUGCAACAACAAUGCUACUCAAUGGUAAUGGAUCUUCAGGUGAGAGCUGCACAAAACGUUCCGACGGUCAUUCAUCUGGUACAUCAAGCCCCCAUUCGGACCCAAAUCAAUCAUUUAACACACAAUCAAAAGCAAAUCUUGGAUAUCCAUCAUUCCCACCGCCUGCCAAUUGGACCGAAUUCUUACCACCACCGCCAGAGCAUCCACCACCUUUGCCGUUAGCUAAUUGCGCUCAACCGAUGGGAAUGUGCUAUGUACCAACCAGUCCUGGAUCAAUGCGAAGAGCGGCAGCUCAAUGGGCCGGCUCUGGAUUGGCAAAUCAUCAAAAUUUAAUGGCACAGAACAAUGGUCCGUGUGGUCCGACUUCCGUUCCGGUUGGUUAUUCCCCAUGGGGUCCAUCACAGCAUCAGUACGUGGAAAAUUUCUAUAACAAUCCCAUUCAGUAUCCAAAUGGAUCGUCAAAUAAUGUACAUCGUUUCCCACCAAAUCAUCAGCCACCGUUACCAAAUGCAAAUAGUACAGCAUGCUAUCCACAACAUCAACAAACGACAAAAAGUUGCCAUUCUCACUAUCCAUCAAAUCACGCACACUCGGUCGAAUAUCAGCCAUAUCAUCCGAACAAUGGAAUUAAUCGGAAAUGCGGCAAUGCACGAAUGUGCAGUAGUUACGAUGCAUUGACAUCACCACAACAGCCACUGCUUCCGAAUUCGACAAAUUGGCCCAAUAGUCAAUCGAAAACGAAUGGUGGUAGUGUUGGUGGUGGUGGUGGUGUCAACGGUGGCAGCGGUACGCACAAAUGUAACAAACAAAAUUCCCAACAACAAUUAUACCAAUGUUCAUCCGAAUGUUCGGAUCAUUCAUUGAAAUCACAUUCACAGCAUUCGCAUAGCAGUCAAGAGCGUAGCAAAAAUAGCAAUUGCAAAGAAUCAUGCCAUCAGCGAUCAUCGUCACAGGCGAACAAACAUCAUACGUACAAUGGAAAAACAAUCAACCACUGUACAACGAACGGAAACGACAUUUUAAAUGGCAACGACAAUAUUUACGAGAAUGAUGACGAGACAACGGAACACGAUCGCAUGAUUACCAGCACAAGCGAUUGCUGUAGUUCGGCUGGUGAAGUUGAUGGCGAUUCAUCGUGUUGCUCAUGCAGUUUAUAUGCAGAAGCUGGUGAACCAACCAAUACCACUACCACCACACAAUCAACGUCGAACAAUCAACUGGCAAAAGUUGCGGCUCAAAAUUAAGAAGAAGACGACGAUGAAAAAAUAAAAUAAAUAUAUAUUCAAUUUUCAAUAUAAAAUUCACCAAUAGACUAUGUGCAUACGCAUAUAUGAAAGUGAGAAUAUAUAUAUAGAUAUAUAUAUAUGAUAAAACUUGUUUUGUGAUAUACUCUGAGAAUCAACACUUCGAAUUUGUUGUGUGCGUGAAGAAGAUAGAUGGACGAUCGGGUUAGUUUCUGCUAGAUGAUAUUUCUCUGGGUGGCAAUUUAAUUGGAAUGUGUAAAUGGUGCAGUAAUGCGCGGUCGGAUGUUAUGCAACAACCGCCAUCACCACUAGCAACGGCAACGCCGGCAUCGAUUGCAACAACAAUUCUUUGUUUUAGUUUGUUCAUCAUCAUCAUUAUCGUCCAAAUAAUAAUUACGCAUAUAAUUAUUACUUAAAAUAUGUAACAUAAAUAUUCAAACAUAAACUCAAACUGGGAUGUUAAAAUUCAUUCACUGUUUUUGCGCUUGUUCACUCUUCAAUUUACUCACUCACUCACUAUCUCGCUCACUCUCUCUUUUGCUUUUUCUCUUUCUGUAUCAUUUUCUCUUUUGCGAAUUCGUUUCGAUAGAAGAAAAAAAAAAACUCGAAGCUAUUUAUCUAGCCGAAAAUAAGCUUGUGCGAUGAGAAGAGUAUUGAAAACUUAAUUAAUUAAAAAGUUUUCAACUUCUCCACGGACCGUUAAGAAAACUUGAACUUUGCAAGUUUUAGCCGAAAAUGUUUCCUCGGUGAUGGUGCGGUGUUCAAGAAGCGAUGAGAAGGAAUGAGGCUACAUCCAGGAGGGCAAAAUGAGAGAAAUACGAGGCAAGAAAAUGAAAUAGAAUAGAGUUUGACAUCGAGACGAAGAGACAAAAGUCGAAAAACAAAAUAUCCCCAUUAACCACGAAAACAAGUGGGAGAGGCAAACGACAGCAAAAUGUAAGAAUUUCGCAUCGGCAAAAACACAGCCAAAGCAUUCAACAAGAAUUCGAAAUGGAAUUUAUCGUCAUAAAUGUGAAUAGUGAAAAUAUAGUUUUAUUGUACGUUGCAUGAUUACUCUUUAAAUAUGAAAUUCCAAAAUAAAGCAUCUUACAAUAUGUACACAUGCAUAAAUUUCAACGAACGAAAAUGCACAAUAACACAACUACAAUGUAAACACAAAACAAUACUUUGGUAAAAUGGAAUGGAACGAUAGAGUGUUUCGUUAUCAAACAUACUUACGUACAUGCACACAACCACAUAUAUGCAUAAGCACCGUUAAAACCAAAAAGCACUGCCAAUUACUACCGUAAUUUAGCUUUUCGAAAAGCAACAACAACGGACCAUAAACAAAAGACCAGAGAGCUCAUAUAUUGAGCAGACAACGUUGUCCAAAGUUUUCAUUUUGGCAAUUCGACUCUUGGUCGAUGCCGUCAUCACUUCGAAACGGUUUAAAUGAGCUCACACAAUAACCAAAAGUCUAACUUCAAUGAGCCAGAAUGAAUGUGGAUGUGUGUAGGUGCGCGCGCGCGCCCGCAUGUGUGUCCAUGUGUGUAAGUAUACGAAAAUUUGCAUUUAAAUGGUGCAAUAUUGAAAAGCAUGUUUGCAUCUAACCCUUAAACUCAAACUUUGAGAAACUUUUGUGGUUAAUUGUCAAACAAUACCAUUUAUUAAAAAGCCUAAACUUGUUCUUCGUCCUUCGAUAACUUGCAUACACAUGCACACAUGCUUACGUACGUAAAGAUAAAUACACAUACACACACAUAUAUUUAUAUAUAUAUAUUGCAAAUAAUUACUCAAUAAGGGCGGAUCAAGUUGCUAAGAUUCAAAAAGCAAACACAAUUUUGGAAAAUACUUUCGACAAGUAUUAAGUUGCCAAGCUAUCAUACACUUAUAUUUUUCCCAUAUGGUCAACCAAUGCAAAAUGGAGUUUUAUCAUUACGCUGUAUCUAUUUAAAUCGAAUGUAUAUCGCUUAGAACAUUGAUUAAGCAGCAAUGCACAAUAUACAUACAGAAACAUUCACUCAUUCGCAAACACACACUCACACACAUUCGCAAUUUUAUAUGCUAUGCUUAUAGAAACUUUUAAGAAUAAUAACAGCAUUCUCUGUAAUUCAAAUUUCAGAGAGAAUUUUGGAAAAAACAUUCAUUUGUUUUGGAAACUGCAUUAUUUUAACAAAACAUAACAAUAGAUAGCAAAACUGAUGCAAAGGCAUAAAAUGCAGAUCAGAUCUUGUUCUAAUGCUAUUGAAAUAUAUUAUAUGUAAUGCAUUUGAGUUGUUUUUUUCUUUGACGAGAAAACUGAAGCAGAAGAAUGUUUCUUUUUUUCUUCAUUUUUUAUCGAUUGUAGAAAGUGGAUUUUGGUAAAUAUGUUUGGAUGCGCUCAAAAAAAUUAUAGAAAAACAUAUCACAUACAAAAAGCGAUGCGAGAAAAUGAAAAAUUGUUUAUCAUCGAAAGAUGAAAUCUUGUUUUAAAAAGAAUAUGCCAGGCACACGCAAUUUGUUCAUGUGAUCGAAUUGUUGUACAUAAAAUCAUAUCGAUAUUGUUUCGACCCAUAUUUUUAGAUUUGAAAAAAAAAAAAUGUUUGAAAAUGUGUCAUUUUCUCUCUAGCUUGCUUCUACUUCCAUGUCCCCAAAACAAAAGCAUUAAAUAAGUUUUACUCACGUUUUUGAAAUAUCCCUACCGACCGAUUGAUUCAAUAUCAUAUUUCAUACACCAACCGAACGAUCCACAUCAUUACAAAAAGAAAUCCAUAGUUUUUAGAAUUUUUACGAAAAGAAACAUAAAGACCAAGAACAAAACUGUUUUGUAGACACCCGCCACAUUCCGCAUUUCAAACACCACUCAUCCAUACACAAACACACAAACUUUUUGAUAGAAACAAACUCAUAGACAAGUAGAUUAUAUUAAGUAAAACCACAUACAUGUUGACCAUAUUUCAUUUUUCCUUUCUACCCGAUCCCGAUGAAUCGGGAAAGUCAACAACAACAACAAAAAUUGUAUCAACAUGUUCGAAUUGAAAAUACAAAGAAUAAAGCACUAAACUUUGAAAAUAGUUGCGCAAAUGAAAAUAAAUGAAGAGAGAAUAAUGAAUGUGUAGUGAAUAAUCGGCCAUUCAAACAAUGGCAAAAACGCCAUUGAUAAAAUGCAUUUCAACACUCAAUUAAACUAAUGAGAGAAAGUAAAUAAGACGAAAAGUAUACCGGAAGAAAUUAGCACUGCAACCGACGAAUUAUAGUCAAAAUCUAUUAUAAAAUAGUAAAAAUAAAUAAAAAAAAACUAAAAUAUAUGUAUUGUACGAUUAUAAACAAUAAUAAUAUUAUAUUUAGAUAUAUAAGUUAUAUUAUAGAAUUAAAAAAACACCGAAAAAACAUUUGUACAUAUAUACUCUUAAACGUUUCUUGCUCGUAAUAAUUAAUCGCAUAAAACAAAUGAAAUUAUGUAAAAUCGUAUAGCAAUAUUGAUGAAUUUCCUAGUUCGUUUGCGUUCUUUUUUAACUUGUUUUAUUUUUUAACGCAUCCUAUAUAAUAUAUAAAUAUAUACAUAAAAAAAGAAACAGCGAAACUAGCAACAACCGAUUAUAAAAGGAAAAACAAUGAAACACAUUCACUGAUUCAGUGAUUUUUUUUUCUUUCGUUGUUUUUGUUUUUCACUUCAUAGCAAUGAUCAAAUUAGACAUGUAGUUUGUAAAGUUGUUUGUUUUGUGCAGCUAAUUUUAUGUAUUCUCUAAAACCGUUUAGUGUGUAUGAGCCAAGUAAAACAAGAACGAUUGAAAAGAUGAAUAAGAAGAAAGGUGAAUUAAGCGAAAUGAAAAAAAAAAUGAAUUAAGCGCAACAUUUAAAAUCCUAAUCUUUACUGCAACAACACACAAGGUACCUGUGAUAUUAUUUUAGUUUUCCUUUUGAAGCGGCGUAAUACACAACAUACAUUUAUAUUUAAACAAAAAUGAAACACACACACUAAUUUAAAGUGAAAGAAAAACACACACAACAAAAAUAUUAAUUACAAAAUCAUUAUA